CUAGAAUUCUAUGUCAAUAAUCUGAAGUGCGGAACGUCACCAACGAAAGUACAAAGACCCAUUUCAUCUGGAGAAGUGAGCUGUCGUCUUCCGAAUAUAGAUCCUUUUGACGCAAGUUCCAUGAGAUAUUUUCGACCUAUAGUACCGAUUGCGUGUGAACGUGACGCAACGCUAUUUACCAGCUACCGUGAUGGUCUUCUCAAAGUCGUGGUUUAUCAUGACAGAGGUGCGCCUGUUACAAAUCUGUCCUUUCAAACGAUACAUAGGAAAACGGGUGGCUCCGAUUCUGGAUUCCGCUUAGGAAAUCGCAGACCAUUGAAGUAUAAAGCACCAGUGUUGAGAUUAAACCACGAUUUCAUUCAAGCGAACGCCGAGUUCUUCAAUGGAGUGAAACAAACUGAUUUUCACGCACAGGUUGUCCCCAAGAGUCACGUGCUGCGGCGAGUAUCGCAACAAAGGGCUGGCAUACCAUUAAAUAUUGUCAUUUUGGGAUUGGACCAAACCUCCCACGCAACUUUUCAGCGUCUCGUUCGCAGCUCGUACAAGUUUCUGCAAGAUGAGCUGCAGGCAUUCAUGUUCAAUGGGUUCUCUUUAGUAGGUGAGGGCACAACGCCUCAACUGACAGCGCUCUUGACCGGACGGAGUCUGGAGGAGAAUUGUAAAAUUCACGAGGCUCGGACUGGAUUCAAGGGCGCAGGAACUGUGGAUCCAUGGCCGUUUAUUUUCAGGACGUUAAAGGAAUAUGGUUACGCUACUAUGUUUAGUGAAGAUGCUCCACCUAUAGGUAAACUAGUCACAUCGAUUUCUUUUCUUGAGUGCACUUAUCUCUUUUAUUUUCUUUGCCAAGUGCUUCUUGGUCGCUGGACUGAAAAAGUCCUGUCUUCAUGUCAAUUUUCUAAUUUUUAUAUAAUCAACCCAAUAUUUUACACGUAUGGUUCAAAUUCCGAAAUGUUUUCUUGUAGGCUUCUUUUUCUUCCAUGUUUUAAUUCUCGUGUCGGUCAAACAUUCAUAGAUAGCCCAGGCGUGAAAAGGUAAUCCAGUCAAAUCUCUUUAAAUGGGCACCUCUAUUAGAGGACAGACACCUCCCUUAAACCAACACCGCAGUAGUUGGCCCAUAACGUUCUUUAGUCAUUUUUCUAGAUAAGACGUAUACCUCUUAAGACAAAAACUUAAGUCACUUAGUACACCUCAGUGGUGUUCCCAACUAUGUCUAUUCAGGGGCACCCAACGACAGUUUCCUCCUAAAUACAUUGAAAACACCUUUUAGGCUACCCAGAGUACUUUUAGAGCUCUAGAAAUGCAUUUUAAGUGGCGCUAUAAAAUUUGUGUCUAUUCGGUCAUCCUAGAGGAACUUGAGUCUUUAAGAAAUUACAAGGGCUUCAGUUUAAUUACCCCCGAAAUUUAGAUGCAAUUUAACGUAUUACGCUUAAGUGGGAAUUUUUCAAAUUCCUCUGAUCUCUCCAUCACAAUUUUGAAUCCGAAAAUUUUAGGCUUCCUUUUUUCUACGAAAAAUAGCCGAACCUGGAGUCAAGUAUGAAAAAGACACUUAGGGCAUUUAUUAAAUAAGCCUCGAAAAUUGUACAUGGAUGGAACGCUUAUUUAAAAGUUUUUAGCCGUCCUCAAGUAAUAGAAAAUUCUAGGCAAUAUCUGCUUCUGCGAACAGAUAUUUUACAGAAAGCAGUCUUUGGGUGCCCUGUGUGUCUUUCCUAUAGCGAGCAAUUACUGUUAGUAGGUAUUUCUCCCCUCUUCAAGCUGUCGGGAACUAUUUACUUCCAAAUCUCACCCGGGCAGGAGUCCAUGCAGCUCCUGAUCUGGAAGAACGAGCUCUUUGUUUUGGGUAGUAUAUUAGGCCGAAUUUAGGUGACGCGAUUUUGCAAGAUUGUUCCAAGUGAGAGUUAUUUCGACAGCUAUUUAUUGUAAGUUAAAUUUAUAUGUUUUUGUUUGCUUUCAGGUGCUUUCAAUAUGAGACUCAAAGGCUUUAGUAAGCCACCUUGUGAUCAUUAUGCGCGACCGUUUUGGUCAGCGGUGCCACACAAACUAAACGCGGGAGUACUUCAUGAGAAAUGCAUCAACGCUCAACCUCAACACAAAAUUCAGCUUGAAUAUCUGAAGAGCAUGUUUAGAGCUUAUCCCAAGACUCCUAAAUUUGGUUUUAUUUUUCUGAGUAGCCUCUGCCAUCAUAACACAAUAUUACCACUUGGUGCUGCAGAGAAAGACUUUUACGAGUUCUUUAAAUCGAUGCGGGACUCGGGAUUUUUGAAUGACACCAUGCUCGUUGUCAUGGGAGACCACGGCGCUCGCACAGGGGAGUUCCGAUCGACCAUGCAGGGAAAGCUGGAGGAGCGGUUACCAUUGUUAUCCGUUACGUUGCCAGAUAACUUCCGCUUGAAAUACUCGAAACUGACAAAGAACUUCAAAUCAAAUACAAAUAUUAUUAUAUCACCGUUGGAUUUACAUGCAACUUUUAUGCAUUUGCUCAAGUAUCCUUUUGAUCCUUCACAGACGGAACUCACCCGUGGAAUAAGUCUUUUCUCAAAACUUCCCCGAAAUCGAACAUGUCAAGACGCUAAGAUACCAGAGUACUUUUGCCCAUGUGUUCAGUGGUUGCCUCUGAACACCACCCAUGCGCAUGUUCGUAUUGGCGCCCAGAUUGCUACUGAUCACAUUAACAGCUUGCUCAAGAAAGACCCUAAAGUCAGUAGGCUAUGUGAACGAUUAACACUAGACGUUAUUUUAGGCGCCUGGCAAGAAUUACCAAGUUCUAAAGUGCAAACAUUCAGUGGAAUACAAGAUGGUGAUGGCUUAGGUCUCGGAAAACCGGAGUUUAAGAACGCAACAAAACCAACUGACUGUAUCUACCAGGUUAAGUUUCGAACCAUACCGGGUUUUGCAGUUUUUGAGGCGUCUGUUAAGCUUAUUGAGGGUCGUUUUGAGGUGAGCGGGCACAUCAGUCGCAUAAAUCUUUAUGGAUCACAACCGGAUUGCAUAAAAAACUCACAUCCCCAUUUGAGGGAAUUUUGCUACUGUGGUCAUGAUACCUGGAAGAAGAGCGUUGAAGAGUGA